UUGUUCUUCGGUUACCUGGAUUGCUUUUUCUGCUUCGUAUUGCUUCAGGAAAGCUUACACGGGCCAUGGCUUGCUAUGAUGUUCACUGCGACACUGAUGUGGGCGGAAACCAUACCUUGAGCUGUUCUCAUACCCCGACGCUAUUCACUGUAAUCAUCGAGAGACGAUGGAGACACAUGUAGCCCCGUCUUUUGUGGUGAUUGGACAAGCUCAACGAGAUGGAGGGUAAGUAAAAUUGCUCAAUGGUACCGACAACGAACUCGAUCUUGUUUGUUGACUUGUUCCAUCGAAGGCCAACGCUACUAUUUUGUGUGGCUCAGGUGCCCUCGAAGCUUUGCGGCAGUGAGCAACCUUACAAUUCACGUUUCGCCAUGGGAGACAUACCCCUCAUGCUACUUGACAUCAUGGAGAACGACACUCGGCACGCCGAGUUCACAUUCUUAUCGGCGUGUCAUACUGCCGUCGGCGAUGAGGAGACGCCCGUGCACCGUGAAAAAGAAAGUGCCGCUCGAGCAGAGGGUUGUUUUCAUUCAUAUUGGUGUGUAGGAUCCAGCUGCAUUACGUUCGCCUGCAUAGGACCGCAAGUUGGUUCCCUUUCGCUAACGUGUGCUUAAUGUAAAUUACUCUUGUACCCUAUUUUUUGAGAAGAGGCGGUGCUAUCAUUGUGCUAUCAUAUCCUUUCUUUGCA